AUGCGCUACCUGACUCCCAUGGGGAAAGGAGCCAGAGGGCCCCACGCCGAGCUGUGGGAGUCGCCCCCAGCGACGUUCACCGAAGUCCCCAAAGAUGUGACCGUGCGGGAGGGAGACGACAUCGAGAUGCCCUGCGCGUUCCGGGCCAGCGGCGCCCCCGCGUUCUCGCUGGAGAUCCAGUGGUGGCACCUGCGGGCGCCGCCCCGCGAGCUGCUGCACGAGCUGGCGCUGAGCGCGCCCGGCGCCCGGAGCAAGGUAACAAAUAAGGAUGCGACUAAAAUCAGCACCGUGCGUGUCCAGGGCAAUGACAUCUCGCACCGGCUGCGGCUGUCGGCCGUGCGGCGGCAGGACGAGGGCGUGUACGAGUGCCGCGUGGCGGACUACGGCGCCGAGGACACGCAGGAGCACGCGGCCCGGGCCCUGCUGCGCGUGCUGUCCCGCUUCGCGCCGCCCCGCAUGCAGGCCGCGGAGGCCGUGUCCCACAUCCAGAGCGGCGGGCCCCGGCGCCACGCCUCCAGCGCCAACCACGUGGGCAUCGCCGGCACCGCAGGCCGCCCCACAGCCCAGCCGGGCCGAAGUCACAAGAGCCCGCCUCCUCCGGGAAGCCCUCCUGCGUCCCCCGGUCCCGGAGUCCCCGAGGCCGCCACUUCCGCGACCCACGCAGCCACCACCAGUGUCGCCGCUGCAACCGCUGCUUCAUCAGCUUCGCCACCCGGCCAGGUGGUUCUGCGCCAGAGGCAUGGCUCCGCACCCUGGGCCCCGGGGCUGGUGCUUGCCUGUGGCUACAGCGCUGGGGACUCAGGGAGCCCCCUGCUCCGCCUCCCCACCAGGCAGCCCUCCGCCUCCAGCGGGGUCUCAGGCAUUCAUCUCUGCGAGUCGGGCGUCCUGCGGCUGCGGGAUGCUGACAGGCAGCGCCGUGACCACAGCGGGCAGCUCCCCGUCCCCUCUGCCACAGGCACUCGCUGUCCCUCGCCGAGGAGGAGGGGAAAUUGCCACCACGCGGUUCCCGACCCAGAUGUCACGGGUAAAUGUCACAGGCACUCCAACGCCGAGGAAAUAAAUACAGCUUAA